GUGCACUUGUAGUUACUUUGGCGUCCCCGUGUGGAUCGUUUGUAAUACAGAAAUAACGGUCAACUGUUCUCAUUUUAUAGUGAUCUAGCUGUAUGCAUUGUAUAUAAUUUCCAAUUAAGUCUCUCGCAGCUUAUGAAAUAUCAUUUUACCUGUAUACAUUCCACUGACAAAAGCUUUAGUGCAAAUGUCUAUUCAUUCCCAGAUACACAAAGAUGAAGACAGCCACCAAUAUCUACAUCUUCAACCUGGCCAUGGCAGAUGCUCUGGUCACCACCACUAUGCCCUUCCAGAGCACUGACUACUUGCUUAACUCAUGGCCUUUCGGUGAAGUGGUCUGUAAGGUCUUCAUUUCAAUUGAUUACUACAACAUGUUCACCAGUAUAUUCACUCUCACCAUGAUGAGUGUGGACCGGUAUGUGGCAGUGUGCCACCCUGUGAAGGCCUUGGAUUUCCGAACGCCCGUGAAGGCCAAGAUCAUCAACAUCUUCAUCUGGGUGCUCUCCUCAGCCGCAGGCAUCCCAGCCCUGGUUCUGGGCAGCACUCAGACCAAUAAUGGUAGCUACUAUAUUUACUCUUCACACACACCUUUGUACAACUAUUUUAUUCAAUGCAUUUAAUGCAUAGUUACGAUUUGCAUUCAGCAACUUCAUUAUUAUGUACAUGAAUAAAAUAAUUACGUAAGCUCAUUAUUUAUCUGUAACUUUCUCAUUUACAAUUCUUUGGUAACACGCUUCUGAGAGAGGCAUCUGUAAUUUAGAAAAAACAAAUG